UUGUAAUCUUUGAAUAAUUUGGUCCCAAAUCAGCUCUUUAAGUUUUUUUUACCACUGCAUUGCCGGCGGCGAUAAUACCAUCCACGAACGCUCCAGCGAGACCCACGAAUCUCCAACUCUGAAGACCAGAAUUCCUCUCCUGUGAACAGUGUCGGUGCGAUACCCACGAGUUUCAGUAGUCACCCAUUCGAAAUCGGAUACAUACCAUUCUGAUUCCGUAACCGGCGCAAUUUCGGCGCAAUUCCGUAACCGGCGUUCAACGGGGUUUUCAUCUCUUUUAACCAGGAUUAAUCAUAUACGGACACGUUCUAGCAAGAAUCCAAGUAACAGCGCUGGAUCUAGAGGAGAUAAGGUGGGAAUGGCUAUGGAAGGAGUUGCUUCUAUUGCACUUCUGCCUUGCGGCUCGGUAUCUGGCCACUUCAUUCAACUUCCGCACUCCAUUUGCUACGGCCUCCAUGGCACUGAAUUGGAAUGUGAAAGAGAGUGCAGCAGGGGUGAGGAUUACCGUUUGAUCAAGCUCACAAUUACGAACUACAAUAACAAGCAAGAGCGAACCGUUGUUGUUGAAUGUAGAGGCCAUGAUGCUGCGCGGUUUCACAGCAUUGUUCAUGCUCAUGGUUGGGAAGAGGAUGUAGUGAGCAUGGUUGAAAACAAACACGGAAAGAACGAGAUUAUGGUUUCCUUCGAGUGUCAGAUGUUGAAGUCUGAGAAAGCAGCCGAAGAUCACAUCAGACAGUUUAUGCCCAAAUUAGUAGGGCAAGACGCUGUUGUUAACGUGGGGCCAAUGAGCAUCGGAGGAUUGGAUUUUGAAGCAGAGGAGCCGCCAGAAGAGUGAUGAAACCAUUUGAAGCAUUUUCAGUUUGAAAGAAACACAUUCCUGAUCAAGUAAUGUAGUUUCUCUUUAAAUUUUUGGCUUCUAGAUUAAGGUCUUUAACCGAGAAUGGCUACUGAAUGUUGUUUGUCUAAGAGAUUUUUCUCUUGUUAGACUUCUAUUAUUAUCUGAGAGAGUGAUUAUCUGUGCUCGUUCCAAAAAUUAGUUUAAUGAGCUAAAGUGCAGAGGCCAAAUUCAGUACUUGGCUACUAGGAAUCUUUUGGUCUGGAGGAAGACUUUUGCAAACCAGAGAAUCGUAUUUACAAACUUGUAUAGAUAAGAUAUAAGAUGUAUAAAAAGAACACUCCCAAGUUAUUUGAGCAAUUUGAGGCAACUAAGGAUCCGUUUGAUAA